GACCAUUUUCUUUUUAAAUCAAAUGAUAAGUUUAACAUUUUUUUUCUCAAAACAAAAUUGUACGGAGUAACAAAUUUAUUUGUAAGUCCGUCGUCGAGACUGUGAUAGAGGCGAAAUCGACGCUCGCCGUAAGCGCGCGAAGAUAUGGAGAGGCUGAAAUCCGCCGUACCCGACGGUCUCCGGCAGGGAAUUUCAGCGAGCAGCGCCGAUGACCUCCCCGCCACGUCAUCGUCCCUACUCAACUUCUUCAACCGCAUUCCCCUCUUUCACCAGUUUGUUAAGGAUUUGACGGACCCAGAAAUGGCUUUGUGUCGCAAGGACCCCAAUGUUGCUUCUGAUUUAAAGAUUCGCGGUAACAAGUGCUUCUCCAGUGGAGAUCACCGGAAAGCCUUGGAUUUGUACACACAGGCAUUGCGAUUUGCUCCAACUAGUGAUGAUAGGGAGAAAACCCUAGCUGCAACACUCUAUGUGAAUCGUGCAUCUGCAUUGCAUAAAAUGGGACUCGUUCAAGAGUGUUUACAAGAUUGUGGACGGGCUAUUGUGAUAUCUCCCACUUAUGCUAAGGCAUGGUUCAGGAGAGGUAAAGCAAAUGCUUCAUUGAGAAAGUACGAGGAGGCCAUCCAAGAUCUCAAUGUUUCUCUAAAGAUGGAAGGGUCUCUGAGUGGAAAGAGGCAAAUUGAAGGUGAACUGGAGAUUAUUUUGGACCAGCAUAAGUUGAUGCACAGUUCAUCGGAUAUGUCCAAACAGAAUGAGUCAGAUGCUAGACCUUAUGUGACAGAUGAGGCCGACCAAGCAAAUGUGGAAUGUGUGCCUUUUUCAACUAAAGGGAGGGGAAUGGUAUCUCGCACCGAUAUUCAUCUCGCCUCUUUGGUUCAUAAAGAAGAUCCCUAUGCAGCGAUCAUCUUGAAGACCUACCGGGAGACCAACUGUCAUUUCUGCUUCAUUGAGCUACCAGCAAAUGCAAUUCCCUGUGAUUUUUGCUCUAUACCGUUAUAUUGCUCUAGGCGAUGCCAAUUAGUAUCAGGGGGAAAAGUGUUCUGCAAAACUCCAAGGAAAGCUAGCUGCCAUGAAGGCAUACCAGAUGAACUUGAAAAAUACAUUUCACAAUGUAUUUCAGGUUUUUCAGCUGGUAAUCCCGAUCGAUGUACGGAUCAUAUUCCUGAGCAUAGACAUGAAUGUCAAGGCGCUCAUUGGCCUUCAGUAUUGCCCUCAGAUGUAGUUUUGGCUGGUCGAGUCAUUGUGAAAUUUAUAGAGCAGCAGAAACAUUCAUGUGGUGUUUCAAACCUCAUAGCAGUUUUGGAUCUCUGCCACAAUUAUGUACAUCUGCCUCCUGAAACUAAACUGGAGUUGCAUAUAUACUCAAUCGUUCUGCUGAACUGUCUUCAGAAUUCCUAUGCACUAAAACUACCAAUGACAGGGAUGAUCAUUUCACAGGUGGUUAUACUUCUAUCACAAAUCAGAGUGAAUUCAAUGGCUAUUGCCAGAAUGAAAUCUUUUGAUAUGAAAGGGCUUUCAGAUGUGCAUGGGAAUGCUUUAACCAGCAUUGUAGAACAGGUCAAGGUUGGUCAAGCUAUAUAUUUGGAGGGUAGUAUGUUUAACCAUUCUUGUAGGCCAAAUGCACAUGCUUACUUUCUUUCACGCACUCUUUAUGUGCGCACAACUGAAACUGUUGCAGCAGGAUCUGAACUUGAAAUCUCUUAUGGACCCCAGGUAGGGGAGUGGGACUACAAAGACCGCCAGAAGAUCUUGAGAGAACAUUACUCAUUUGACUGUCAAUGUAGAGGCUGUUCGCAACUAAAUCUAUCUGACCUCAGUAUUAAUGCUUACAAGUGUGCUAAACAAGAUUGUGAAGGCGUGGUCCUUGACUGCACACUUGCUAACUAUGUGAAACAAAAAGUGGACCCCAUCUCUCGUGUCCUGAGCAUUCCCUACACUCAGAAGCAGGUCGAAAAAGGUGGACAUGAUGGAAUUAUUGGUGCGGCAAAAUAUACGAUUCAUAAACCAGAUUAUCAUCUUAAUCCUCAACAUUGCUUGAAUUGUGGCUCUUAUUGUGAUCUAGAAGCUGCUUCUGCUGCAAUCAGCAAAGCCCAGAGUUGUCUCAGGCGGCUGCAAGAUGCAAUAAGUUCCUCUAAUGUUCCUGCUGAAGUACUUUCCAAUGCUCUGAAGGUUUCAAAUCUUCUGAGAUCAACAUUGCAUCCAUGCAAUAAGAGAAUUGCAGAGGUUGAAGAUAAUAUUGCACAGGCAAUGUGCUUGGUUGGUGAUCCACGAGCUGCAGUUGAUCAUUGUAUAGUUUCAAUCAAGAUCCUCGAAAAACUCUAUGAUCCCAAUCACAUUGUUAUCGGAUACGAAUUGGUUAAACUUGGAACCAUUCAAAUGCAACUUGGCGACUGCAAUGCUGCCAUCACUAUAAAGAGAGCAUCAGAUAUUUUUUCAUGGCAUUUUGGAUCUUAUUUGGACAUCAUAUUCCCUUAUUUGCAACACGGUCAGAUUUUUCACCUCAAAUCUGAAUAUGAGAAGAAAAAUGUUGAAGUUAAUCUUCUUCCUGUAGCUACUGGAGUUGGAGUUGUUAUGGUAUCAGUGAAAAGGGACUCUAAAUGCUCCAGUACUCAUGCUCUUAAUGCUUUUGAUGAGGUUCACGAAAAUUAUUUGCAAACCAUGCCAUAUGAGAACUGCUUAACAAGGCUACUUGUACCGGCAUCGCAUGCAAAAAAGAUGAUUAUUUUCCACACAAUCUUCCCGGAUCCGUAUAGACUCUAUGUGUAUCUAACAGAUAACAUGCCAGUUUUUUUCCCUGGUGAUGUGAUUGUUGAAGUGGAAGGGAAGCGUGGGGAGGUACGCGAGACAAUUGAAUCAAUUGUUUCGUAUUUGGAGGAUUUUGAGGUUGAUGGGAGAAUGAUGCCAGAGCUUAGAGCUGGGAAAGUCAUUCGUUCACCUUUUUUCGAAAAAGUUGCAUGUGGAGCAUAUUCAGGUGUGAAGCCUCGAAGAAAGUUUAUGAUCAAGGAGUCCACACGAAUCCCUUUGGCAUAUUUUGAUUAUUUCAUUGGCAAAAAAGGGGAAGCUAUUAAAAAGAUAUGGGAAUCAAGUCCGACGGCGUCAGUGUACUUUGACACAUUUACCGCUAAAGAGGUAUACAUAUGUAUUGAGGGAGAAUGUGAUUCGGAGGUCGAAGAUGCUAAGGAUGCGUUGGAGGAGUUGAUUCCCAAGGACAAAAAGAUUGUAGAUGGAAAGCACGUUUUUGAGGGUAUGUUUUGCAUGGAGGGAGGGUUCGAUAUGGAGGAAGCGUAUGCGUAUGGUUGGCCUACCUCGUAGGAAGAGGAAGAGGAUAAUAUUGAAAGGCAGAAUGGUGUGAUCUCAGAUAGGCAAGAGGAGAAUGUGGAGGCAAUAUUGAAAGGCAGAAUGGUGUUUCCUUAUUGCCUCCACCUUCUCCUCUUGCCUAUCUGAGAUCACACCAUUCUGCCUUUCAAUAUUAUCCUUUUCCUACGAGGUAGGCCAACCGAGUUGCUGAAGAAGCGGUUUGGGAGUCAAUCCACCUCAAUUUUAAAGAGAUGGUGGAUGCAUGGAGAAUAAAGGAGAUGGGUGCUG